UAGGCUGGUUGCUUUUUUAUUCCUCAUUCAGUCGAAAGCAAGCGAAGGCAUCAGGCGACGUGAAAACGACGAGAAAAAUGGCAUUCCAAAUUAAUUUUACCGUGGUUUUCCUUAAUAAAUUGACGGCUAAUAACCUAAUCUGUCAUCAGUUUACCAUAAGCAAGAGAAUGCCGUUGAAGCACUUGAUGUUAAAGGCUGCCGAACAUUGGGGAUUGGACCCCAAGUUUUGGUCUCUGAUGACAAUCGAAGGAAUGCGCCUGCGGCCCUACGACACGGCCCACCUACUGAACCUAAAGGGCCACCAGGUCUUGUGCAUCACUCGGAAAACGAUUUCAAGACAUUCGGGUUGCAAACUUCGCUAUAACUAUAGCACAAAGAAAAUGUGCAGGAAGAACAGCAAAUGAUGAAAUGCAGAUAGCCAAAUUUUGUCAGCUGGAAAUGAUGAUUAUUAAAUGAGUGCCAUUGGAUAACUGAACCCAGUUCAUCACUGAAUAAAAUACAUACAGCAUUCAUUUAUUUGGCUCCGUUUCAGCCACAUUUUCAAAGGGCUGUAGAAUUUUAAAUGGGAUUUUCGACUUAUUGUCAAUACCCAUCAAUACCUCUCAAAAUUGUUGAAAUCUGACUAUCCAUGAAAAGUUAUAAGCAAAUGAAAAUAGGACGGACGCUAGGUGG